UCACUUGCCAUGCCCCUCCCUUCUUUAGUGGUAGAGUCCAUUUUGGGGCGGAGUUCCAAGUGAGACGGUUCGUUGUGCGGUGUGUGUGUGUGUGUGUGUGGGGGGGGUGUUUUUCGCGCCUGCGCAGGAGCCUUUGUGUAGUGCGUGAAGCGUUGGUCGUGCAGUUUUAUUUUUCCUUUCUCGCCUCCUGGUCCUUCGGGCGUUUCGUGCCGGUUCCUCGUCAGCUUUCUCCGUCGCCUCCAGAGGCAGCGUGCCAUGGCCGACCCGCGCAUCCGGCAGAUCAAAAUAAAAACGGGCGUAGUGAAGCGCUUGGCAAAAGAAAAGAUUAUGUAUGAAAAAGAAGCAAAACAACAAGAAGAAAAGAUUGAGAAAAUGAAAACUGAAGAUCCAGAUGACUAUUCAAUUAAAAAGCAGACUGAAGUCUUGCAAGAAUCACGAAUGAUGAUUCCAGAUUGCCAACGCAGAUUAGAAGCUGCACGUGCAGAUCUUGCUCAGCUAUUAGAAAAUGAAAAAGAAUUGGAAGAAGCCGAAGAAUAUAAAGAUGCACUCUCAGUACUGGAAUCAAUAAAGUUAGAGGCUUAGACUGAGUUUUGAGUACUUCAUAUAUGUCUCAGUAUUGGGUCCAUUGUCACUCUUUACCAAUGUUUGGCCAUUGCUGUAUUUAUCUGAGUAGUGUUAAGAAUGAUUGUGUGCUAAAACUAUAUUUUAUGCAUAGCAAAUUAGUAGUCCCUUUCUCUCUUUUAGAUUUUUUGGAAAACCCUGUUGAAAACUGUGUCAUCAUACUACAAACUACAAAUUAAAAAAAAUGAAGUAAACCAAGAGAGCAGUUUUCUAAUGAUUUGUAUUAUAAAUGGUAGCUGUAUUCAGCCCCGACAAUAUUAACUUGGUGUUUCCGCCUAUAGUAGUCCAUCAGAUGGAGGUGUUACAGAAGGAAUGACAUCCCUGCUGGCUGCUGUUACAGAUGUAGCAAAACUUAGGCAUGGCAUGGCCAUUCCUUUGGAUAUUUCAUGCCAGUUUUCUGCCAGUACCUAAUUUGUGCGUACCUGUUAAUGGACUGAGUAAGCUAUUCUUGAGUUUCUAGUUUGUUGCAAUUUCCAUGUGUAGGCCAGUAGCACAAGUACAAGAUAUUUAAUUUUAUUUAAAAUAUCAUAUAUAUAUAUGCUUCCCAACAAGCAGAUGCCCUUGGGACAGUUUAUAAUUAUAAAACCCCACAGUAAUACAGUUGACUUUAGAAUUAAAAUAAUAAUUAAAAAAAAACAGCAGCAGAACUGAAGUCAGCAAACUAAAGAUUAAAUACCUACUAGUAGAUGAAGGUGUUAGCUUUGUGUCUAAUGAGGACACCAGAUUGGUCGUUCUGAUGAGGGUGUUCUGUUAAGUAAGGCAGCUACAUUGAAAACUUCCCCUGGUAUCCGGCCAUGACACCAUUAUGGUCAGUAGACAUCCUGAGAAGAGUCUUGGAAGACAAUCUUAUCAAUCUGCCAUAAAGAUGUGGGAUAUUUCACAUUGAUUGAGAAACUGAGACACAAGAUAAGCAUAAGAGAGCUGUGAAGUGCUUUGGAUCGAAUCUGUCUUAUCCAACAGAGAAAGAGAGAAGAUUGGAGGAGUGCCCCAAAUACAUGGGUAUUUGGUAUAUGGAAUAAUCCUUUUGGAUAAUUCUGGUCAAUUGGAACUAUAAGUGUCUCCAUGAGAACUUUAAAAUAACUAAUAGCAAGCUUUGCUCCUAUUCCUAUUUGUGGUUUCGUUUCUUGAUGCUGAAUGUUUGACAUUUAGUAUAAACAGUAUAUUCUUCCAACAAAAUAAAAAUAUAUUUUUAAAAAGGA